AUGUUCAUAUUGACAUUCAUCCUUGGCUCUAUAUGCAUUAAAGUUCAAAACUAUCUAGGCACUCCCAAUACAUACGAUAGUGUCUGUAUGGAACGAAUUCGCCUACCGAUCCAAAGAUUCAACGAAUGGGCACCAAAACUUGACGACAUCAAAAUUGAUAUCCAGAAUGUUGCGCAGGAGUCAAACGAUAAAGAGCCAUCACGGGCUCUUGACGCAGUCUAUAUACCUGUGGAUAUUGCUACCAACCUUCAACAGGAAAAUCAGCAGCUGAAACAAGCGAUUAGCUGCGAAUUCGACGACCCGAGACUUCUACAAAUCACGACGGAGAGUGAGGCACUUCCGAGCCACCCCGAGAAUCCUUCUCUUUGGACUCGGAUGACCAAGCUACAAGAGCCCAGAAAAGACAUCUGGGCGAAGGUCAGCGGUCAGUUCCGCCAAGACCUCAGCAAGAUCACCUAUAGUGUAUGCUAUGCUUCUACACAAGUUGAAGAUCUUGCACGAGAAGCCAAAACAUUCGAUAAGCCGAUGCUGCGACGAUUGCAAAAGGUAAGUGUUGCCACAUACUUGCUUUGCCAAGAGAGUCGUAGCGAUGCUCAAAGGGUCAACGAGCUUGUCGACCAGCUUGGCGUUCAACUAUCACUUGUUGAAGCAGCGAUAAACAAGGCCAAUGGUCUUCGUAACAUUUCUUUUUCGAAGAAACAAGGGGUCAAACAGCUAUGGAAGUACUUGAUGGCCAAGAGUGUGACGACAGAGGAAGAACUUGACAACUACGAGGCCGAACUGACGAUGAUUGGACGGAGUGCGAUCGAUAUGCUGGAUGGUGGAUUUGUUCUACCAUAG